GUUCAGAUGGUAGAAAGCUGCACCUCCACAGCUCAAUCUGCUUUUCUUAUCUGCACUUUUCUGUAACAAAUGAAAGAAAAGUCAAGAGUUUGUCUAAAGGAUACAUUAGUCUCGCAUUCUCUUUUAUUUUUUCAGAUUUGCAAAAGGAAGAAAGAAACUUCCUAAAUAAUCAUGGGGUGAAUCUAACAUUUGAGGAUCAUUUUCGGGUGAUGAAGGAGCGCCGUCAGAAAACUCAGACAUUCCACCAUGGUGAAGGAGGCUUUGCCCAGCUGGGUCCAUCAGGACUCUGAAGAAGGUCUCGUCAAUGUGAAUGUCGGAGGCUUGAAGAGGAGUCUCUGUUCUAGCACACUGAAGAAAUUUCCAGACACCAGGCUUGGAAAACUGUUGGCUUGUGAUUCAGAGGAAGAUAUACUGCAGGUGUGUGACGACUACGAUGUACAGGAGAAGGAGUUUUAUUUUGAUAGGAAUCCUGGUCUGUUCCCUUAUGUGCUCCACUUUUACCAGACUGGCAAACUUCACGUAAUGGAAGAACUCUGUGUGUUCUCCUUCAGUCAGGAGAUAGAGUAUUGGGGCAUCAAUGAGUUCUUUCUGGACACCUGCUGCAGCUAUCGUUACCAUGACCGCAAGCUGGAGAGAGGCCGGCACCGCUGUUGGGAUGACGAGAGUGAAGUUAGCAGUGUCGACACAUCUGUGGAUGAGAUCUCAGAUUUAAACAAGGACAUACAGCACUUUCAGGAGGUCCGCUAUGGGAACAUCAAAAAGUGUUUAUGGCUCACACUGGAGAACCCCGGAUACUCCAUCCCGAGCAAGCUCUUCAGUCUGCUCUCCAUCGGAGUGGUGAUCACAUCAAUCGUGACUAUGUGCAUUAACAGCAUCCCAGAGUAUCAGACUUUUGACUCUGAUGGGAAGUUAAUUGAAGACCCAACCAAUCAGGCUCUAGAGGUGUUCUGUACUUGUUGGUUCACCUUUGAGGUUGUGAUGCGGCUCCUACUCGCCCCAAACAGGAGGAAGUUCUUCCAUCACCCUCUAAACAUUAUCGACCUGGUGUCUGUGGUUCCAAUCUACAUCACCGUUAUAUUUGACAUGACUUUGGGCUCUGAGUCCGAACUGGGAGACCUUGGGCGACUAAUACAGGUGUUCAGGUUAAUGAGGAUCUUCCGAGUUUUAAAGUUGGCUCGACACUCCACAGGUCUGCGCUCUCUGGGAGCAACACUUCGGCACAGUUACCGUGAAGUGGGGAUUCUGCUGCUGUACCUUGGUGUCGGAGUGUCUGUAUUUUCUGGGAUUGCUUACACCGCUGAAUGUGAAGAGGAUGUGGGUUUGGACACAAUCCCUGCCUGCUGGUGGUGGGGGACUGUUAGCAUGACCACAGUGGGUUACGGAGAUGUAGUGCCCGUCACAGUGGCUGGAAAAUUAGCAGCAAGUGGAUGCAUCCUGGGUGGCACUCUGGUGGUGGCUCUGCCCAUCACUAUCAUCUUCAACAAGUUCUCCCACUUCUACCGAAGGCAGAAAGCUUUGGAGGCGUCAGUGAGGAACAACAACCGCAAGAGGAUCAAGGUGACCUGUGAGAACGAGCUGGAGGAGGAGGAGGAAUCGGAUCGGGACAGUCGCGGCCUGGAUGAUGACGAUAUUGACGACAUUGAAGAAGAUGACAUUGAUUUUGAGGAUGAAGGAGGCGUGAUAAACUACAGCUAUGUGGAGCAUCCAUCUUACCCAUCAACAAAUAGAAAGGAGCUGUAUCAGCUGUAAAGAACUGAAACUUUGGGACAUUACUAACUCUAACUCAGCGGACUGAAUAUACCAUGUGGGUGAUAGGUGACCCCAUGGGAAUACAAUGAAGUAAACUUUCAUUUCAGGGCUUCCAUGAAUUAUUGUAAUUUGCUGCCACUGAGUGUGCAUGGAGGCUGUUUGAGGACUGAACUUUGCUUAUCAGACCUUU